AUGGAGUCUCUAGAGUUUGACUCGAUCCCUGCUGGUUUUCAUCCUCGGCCUCAUCCUCAUCCUCAUCUUCACCCUGACUCUCACGCUCACCUCCAGCUGGGUCAUCAGUCUGAUGCUGACCCGCAACACCCUCGAACAUAUUCUAAAGAAAGUUACUCGUGUAAUGGAGACAUAAUGAACGGUAAAACGCAUAUUGGGUCGGCGAAGAAUGAUGUGGAGACUAAUGGGAUGAAUGAUGUGGAGAAUGAUGUGGAGACUGAUGGGAUGAAUAAUGUGGAGAAUGAUGUGGACACUGAUGGGAUGGAUGCUGUAGAGAAUGGCGUGGAGACUGAUGUGGAGACUGAUGGGAUGAACCGUCAGUGA